GGUGCUGUGGGUAAAGUAAUAAAUAAAUAGAUAAAUAACGCUAUGCCAUCCACCAUUACAUUGUCUCUGUUUAAGCAUGUGAGUACUGAUUCGACCUACAGGUGUGCCCACUGGAGGGCCCGCUCGGUGCAACCGACCUGUCCGAUUUGGAGUUGUGGGCACCCAGGGUGACCUGCGACCAUGCUGCCUGGAUCACCAAUCUGGUCUGCGCAUUGAUUCGGUGCUGCGAGGACCAUGUCUUGUGGGCUCUGCUGCCUCUCUGUGCGAUGGCGGUGGACCUGUGCGAGCUGCUCUUUCCACUGGUGGUAGAGACACUGUCGGCAGAUGAGGGCAGCAGCCACUGGAGCGCAGUCGUGUCGGGCAUGGCCAUCUUUCUGGAACGCCACGCCCAAGCACAGGUCAAGGACGAUGGCUCCUCCAAAAGAAGCCAGUCACCCAUCAUCCCCGAGCCAGUGAGCACCGAGUUGACCAGCGGCCUGGUCUACUGCUGUCGGUCAUCUGUGGCUGUUAUGAUGUCAGCUGUAGAACGCAUGGUGGUUCGCCGAGAUGCAAAGGCCAGGACACUGUGGGAGGGCCUGCGGCUCAGCCACCUCAACUUCCUGCAGGCGGCUCAGGCUGCCGAGUUCUGCGGCCACCCCGUGGCUGCCGUACAGUGCGUGGAGCUGUGGUGGGACUCGCAAGCCCGGAAACUGCCGUCCGACGAUGGGGGUGCCCCACUCCUGCACUGGAGUGCUGCGGAGGCAGCCCCAGUGCAAUCGGUGCUGCUGUCCUCUUUGUCGGGCCUCGGGGACCUGGACGCCCUGACCGGCUGCCGGUGCCUGGCACUGGGUGGACCGGCACACUUGCUGCUUUGGCGCCACUGGGCAGAGCAGCAGGGCAGUCACUGGCCAACACUGCUGGCACGCGCUGACCUUGCGGCCACGGGACGCAACGCCCGCCUUGGUCAUGCCCUGAAGCAGUGCGGCCUCUACCACACGCUGAGCGCCUACCUGGAGCCCAGUACGCCCGACCUGGCUGAGCUGCAGGCCGAGUGUGCUUGGCGUUUGGCUAAUUGGGACUGCCGCCUGCCCCACGACAACCACGGGUGUGGACACAUGGGACUGCACCGUGGAAUCUUCACGACACUGUCCUCCAUGACUAGCCAGGACACUGAAGAAAUCUGUUCUGGUCUGAAAGCCUGCAGGGAGCUGCUAAGCAGUCAGUUCUCGGCGAUGGCUCAGCUUGGCUCGACGCUGCAACUCAACCAACUUUUGGCAAAAAUGCAGAUGUGCACGGUCCUAGAGGAAGGUGUUGCCCUGAUGUGUGGCCACGUGGAUGAAGCGGUCCUGUUGGCCAGGUGGGAGCAGAGAGCAGCACAGCCAGCAGUGCAGUUCGAUGUGGCCGAGCCAGUGCUGUGGCUCCAAAGUGUGGUGCUUGGCCAGCUGCACAGCCCGCAAGCAGAGGCUGUCCGCACCACGAUACUGGGGCACUAUGCAAGGCAGGCACGCAUCAGCCAACGUUAUGCGCUGGCACGUGUAGCACUGCGGCAGCUGGAGUGCUGUGCCCCGGACCAGGCAAGCCGGUGGCGGCUGGAGGAGGCGCGAAUCCAGCUGGCACAGGGCGACUGCACUGAAGCCCAGCACACCCUGUGGACCCUGCUGAGGCAGCUGAGCCAGCAGCACGAGGAGUCUGGCGGCGUCACCAGUGCAUAUGCAGAGGUGCUGCAGCUGUAUGGAGAAUGUUUGGCCGAGUCUCGCUUGGAGAGCUCUGACACCAUUGCAAAGGAGUAUUUCGACAAGGCCGUGCAACUUCUGUCGGGGGGUGCAGAAGAUGCCUUGUGGGCCGCCCACCUGCGGUUGGCGCAGUUUGCCGACUCACAGUUACAGAGCAUGGAGCAAUACCUGCGUUCACCUGAGUUCAGGGCCAAGCAGGAGCUGCUGCAGCAGUCGUCACACAUACUGGACUGUACCCAGUCCUCUGGCAAGCGCACAUCCAUAGAGGAGGCCCGUGCCCUUCGGCUGCUGGAGCGCCAGAGUAACCUGGACCGGGGUGAAGCAGCCAGCCUGGAAGCUGUGCACAAGCGCCACCUGCUGCAAGCCAUUGACAACUACUUGCAGUGUCUGCGUGGAGGGCACAGCCUGCGUCUGUUCCGUCUGGUCUCACUUUGGGUUGCCAAUGCUACCACGCCUGAGGUUAAUGCCCUGCUUCAGCAAGGCCUUGGGAAACUGGAGAGCCACAAGUUUGUGCCCCUCAUCUACCAGCUGGCAGCUCGCAUGAGCCGACCCGAUGGAAGCGCUUUUCCCGGGCUCAUCUUUCAGCUGAUAGAGCGUGUGGUGCGAAAUCACCCGUACCAGACCUUGCCUGUGGUACUGGCACUGUGCAAUGCAGACAGGGACCCAACAGCAACAGCCCUCCUUCCGCAACCAGCUAAGAAGGCAAAGACAAGCCUGGCCCCCACAGAGGACCGUGUGGAGGGUGCUCGCUACCUGGUGUCGCAGCUACGCAAGGGUGGCGAUCUCUGCUCCAUGAUUGUGGGACCCCUCGAACGGCUCAUGGAUGCAUACAUUCAUCUAGCCUACUUGGACCCACCCAGUGUGCCACGAGGGCAGACUGCAGUGCGACUUCCCAGAGACACACCACUGCUCAAGUUGGGCCCGAUGGACCGUAUACCUGUGCUGACACAAAAUGUUGAGGUGGACCAUAGUGCCUCAUAUUGCAACCUGCCAGGAAUCCUGAGGUUUUCAGCCGAGUAUCAACUGUGCGGAGGCAUCAACAAGCCCAAGGUUAUUACAUGCGUCAGCCACGAUGGCUCCAAAUACAAACAGCUUGUCAAGGGCCGUGAUGACCUGCGCCAGGAUGCAGUUAUGCAACAGGCAUUUGGCCUAGUCAACUGCCUGCUUGCUCAUGGCCCUACAGCAACAGGGAGGCUGGCCAUGCGCACGUACAAGGUGGUUCCGCUGUCGCGUCGCAGUGGCCUGGUGCAGUGGUGCGAAGGGACGCAGCCCUUCUCGGAGUUCCUGCUCACACCGCACAUGGGGGCCCACCAGCGCUACCAGCCACUCGACUGGACACCUGCGGCUUGCCGCAACGCCAUGCAGGAGGUGCACAAGGGUGCUCCGGAGGAACGCCUUCGUGUCUACCAGAAAGUGUGCAGCCACUUCCGUCCAGUCUUCCGGUACUUUUUCUUCGAGCAAUUCCCAGAGCCCAGCCGUUGGUUUGAGCGACGCCGGGCAUACGUCCAGAGUGUGGCCACAGGAUCCAUAGUCGGCUACGUGUUGGGGCUGGGAGAUCGACAUUGUGCCAACAUUCUCGUUGACAAGCACUCGGCGGAACUGAUUCACAUUGACCUUGGUGUUGCAUUUGAACAAGGCCGCGUGCUUAACACACCCGAGACCGUGCCCUUCCGCCUCACUAGAGAUGUUGUGGACGGUAUGGGCAUCUGUGGUGUGGAAGGGACAUUCCGCAGAUGCUGCGAGCACACCAUGGAGGUGAUGCGGGCCUCCCGGGAGCUGCUGGUGACGGUGGUGGAGGUCCUGCUGCAUGACCCGCUCUCCUCAUGGACCUUGAGCCCCGAACGUGUAGCAGCAUUGCAGACUGACGGUGACACCCUCCCCCCUCAGCGCCCGUCCCCAGAGUUGCCCUACAUGCAGGGCGACAACCGGCUGGCGCGGCGCAUGCUCCUGCGGCUGGAGCAGAAGCUGCGAGGCCUGGAGGAGGGCGCACCCUUGAGCGUGGCCGGACAGGUGAACCUGCUCAUCCAGCAGGCCAGGGACCCACACAACCUGAGCCGCAUGUUCCCGGGCUGGCAGCCCUAUGUCUGAG